UAAAGAAGUGGAGUUGCCUACGCUAGUGAAAAGAAUUGCUAUAUUCACAUAAGGAGAAUGUAAGUUGAGAAAUAAAUUAAGAUUAAAAAGUAUUUUGGGAUUUCUUAAACUUUUUAAUUAUAAGCGCGAGCGAUUAACAGAGACCUUGCUUCUGUGAAUUAUUUUUAAAUAUUAAACAGUGGUUUACAACAUUUUGUUUUCGACGUGUUUUUCUUAUCAUUCAGUUAUUAAAAAGUAUAUUAAUUAGAAAACAAACCUAAAACUAAUAUAUGCGCGCUAAAACGCAAUGCAUUUUGGGGUUGUAGUUCUUAAAUUUAUGUAAAACUACAAUACAUCGUAUAGCGGAAGUGACGUCUUUGGAUCAGGGUUCAGAGUGGGAGGGCACACGCGUGUCUGGGAGAGACAUGUGUUCAGAGUUAUAAUUCCUAAUGUUUAGAUACAUCGCGACGCCUUCACUUACCUAAACAUUUAGAAAUGCCUGGAGACGUAUCGUCGUCCUGCGAGGACGAAGUGGAGCCGAAUCAAAACGAGAGGAGCAGUAAGUACGAGUGUCCCGCAGACUUUGUGUCGCUGAGCUACAAAUCUUGCGGCAGCAUGCUGACUGAACAUCUGAAGAAGCGCAAGAGCGAGCUGUGGCUCGUCAAAGCUCCUGUCAACUUCGACCCAGAAUGUGUGAAGGACAUGAAGUUGAGCCUCUCGGGUCUGCAGAGCGUGAAGGUCCCUGGAAAGGCCAGCAGCCAGCAGAUCUUCAACAUCCUGGCCUCACCUCAGUGCUCGCCUGACAUGCACCUCCUCACCAGCAGCACAUCGUCAGACCAGAUGCUCGUUGCACCGCCGUUCUCAGGUCUGUUGGACAUCAGCGAGAGCUACGGAUGCAGCGAGGCCAACGGGCCUCCUCUGGCUCUCCCUGCUGCUCCUGCCCCCACCAUCCCGCCCGGACUCAAACUGAGGUUCCACCCCUUCGGCAGCAAGACCCCCACGCAGGUUAAGACUGAAGUUGAUGGACUUUUAGGAGCUGAUGACAAAGAAGGGCGGAAGAAGAAGAAGAAGAAGAAAAAGAAGCAAAUUAAGACAGAGCCAGUGGAGGAGCAGGUCAUCGUGAAGCAGGAACCUGUAGACGAAGUCCAGAGUGAGUCAACGACAGAGGUUCUCUCUGGGGAGAAGAAAAAGAAGAAGAAAAAGAGAGACAGGCAGGAGGAAGUGGAAGUGAAGCAGGAGAGUGAAGCCAUGCCAACAGACUGCUUUAUGGACCCGGGAGAGCCUCACGUGAAGAAGAAAAAGAAGAAAAACAAAUCAGACUAGUUUAUGCUGAUAACAGUCUAUUCAGGCCACAUCAGCAUUGCCAUCUUGUUUUUAACCCGUCGAUUAACAUGUUGCAAAAAAGUA